AUGUCUGCGAUUCACAACUUAUCCAUACAGGGAAUUCGGUCAUUUGAUGCGCGGGAUAAGGAGGUUAUAAAGUUUGGGAAACCUUUGACUUUAAUUGUGGGAGCGAAUGGAUGCGGGAAGACUACGAUUAUCGAAUGCCUGAAAUAUGCCACUACUGGGGACCUGCCCCCGAACUCCAAGAACGGGGCUUUCAUACAUGAUCCCAAGAUAAACGGAGAAGUGGACGUCCGAGCACAAGUUAAGCUGGCGUUUACUAAUGCUAAUGGGGUUCAGAUGAUUGUGACGCGGAAUAUCCAGUUGAUGAAGAAACGCACCACCACGACAUUCAAGACCUUAGAAGGACAGUUAGUGGCGAUAAAUCGUGGCGAACGGACAACAUUGAGCACGCGUGCGGCGGAUUUAGACCAACAGGUGCCGAUUUACCUUGGUGUGCCAAAGGCAAUCCUGGAGUAUGUGAUUUUUUGUCACCAGGAGGACUCACUGUGGCCAUUGAGUGAACCAGCCAAUCUGAAAAAGCGGUUCGAUGAGAUAUUCCAGGCAAUGAAGUUUACGAAGGCCUUAGACAACCUGAAGGGCAUUAAAAAGGACAUGGCAAUUGAUAUCAAGCUACUGAAACAAUCUGUCGAGCACUUGAAGAUCGACAGGGACCGUUCACGCGCGAUCAAGCGUUCUAUUUCUGAGUUAGAACAUAAAGUAAAGGAUUACCAGAGUACGGUACCCGAGAUCGAGCGACAACUAAAGGAGAUCACUGAGCAGUCAGAUAAACUUUUUUAUUCAAAUCAGCAGUUUCAGCAGGUACUAUCCAAGAUUGAUAGUCUAGGUCAUUCCCGGGAUUCAAUAGGAAAUCAGAUUCAAAGGCUCCAGGAUUCUAUUGAACCUUUGGAUAUGGAUCGAGAAAAGCUUGUAGAUCUCUUAGAAAACUUCUCAAGCAGCUUGGCAGAGAAAGAAGAAGCGAUUAACCGUAUGGAAAUUGAAGCCGCGGCUGCAGAUGACGAAUUACAAUCAAAUAAGGCCACUUACGAGUCAUUAUUAUCGGAGUCCGCUGUGUUAAAGUCGAAGCAGAAAGAAUACGAGAAAAAUCGAGAUCUUUUAACAGAACUUACAAAUCAGUUAGCUUCUGAAGGAAUAAAUACAGAAGAUUCCCUCGGAUGUAUUGAGUCUAUGAUUCAAAAGGCAGAGACUAAAAUAAGCGACCUGCGUUUAAAACAUCAGAAGGAGCUUAAUGAGGCCCAGGAACGGCUCUCAGGAAAACAGAACGAAUUGAUCAGAGAGGAGCAAAAACUGUCUUACACCAAAGAUGACAGAGCUAAAUUAAAUGACCAACUAAUGACAUUAAAGCAAAAAUUAGCCCGUAUAUCCGAAACUGAAUCUGAAUUAGAAAUUUCUAAGCAAGAUCUCGAGAAGUACAAACCUAGAGUUGAAAUGUGGCAGAAGGAAAAUGCUGUAGAUAGGUUUAAUGAAGAAAUAAAGUCAAAAAAUGAUGAAAUGUUGUUGCUGGAGAAUGAUGUUGAGAAAGUACAAAUUCAAAUCAGUAAUGCUAACCAGCAUUCAGAAUUAUUGGCUAAAUAUUCUCUUCUCAAAACAUCUGUCGUAUCGAAGAAGCAACAACUCGAAGAAGCGAUAAGUAAAUUUAAAGCUGACGAGCAUAGUAAAUUUCUAGGAAUCGAGAUUGAUGAUGAUUUUGAACUAGAAUUCAAAAAGAAGUACAUCAGUAUACAAAAACAAUUGGCUCAAGCCAGUCGUAAUGCUUCCGAAAUAAAGGAGACAUAUUCUGAAAAGGAAUUUACUGCCAAGAAUAUAGAGUCUGAUUUGGUAGGUGUAAAAACGGCUAUAUCGGAGUGUAAGGAGAAAUUGCAGAUGGCGAUGCCAGAGGAUUGUACAAUUGAGGAAUAUGAAGAGCUAGUGCAAGAAAGUGAAGAAUCUUAUAAAGUUGCAUUGGAGAAUUUAAAGAUGCACCGCACAACCUUGGAAUUCAACCAGAAAGCAUUGGAAAUUGCAGAAACCACCAAUUGCUGUUAUUUAUGCCGAAGAAACUUUGAUAAGGAUUCAGAAAGGUCCAAACUUAUUGAAGAAUUAAAGUCGCGCACUAAUACUGCUUUCGAGAAGACACUGGAAGACACUCUAAAUGAUGAGAAACAAUAUUUAGCUUCUUUGCGUGCAUUAGAGAAGGACAUUGUAAAUUUAAGGUCGCUGAAGAUGCGGGCGGUAACCCAAGAAAAGCAUUUACAGGAGGCUAAGUUGCAAUUGGGGAAGAACAAGGCUCAACAUGAAGACGCUCAGCGCCAAUAUAGUAAAUUACGGGAAACGCAAGAACAUUUCGAGCAGAGGUUGCGUCCACUAUUUCAUGAUAUAAUCCGAUUACAAAAAGAGCUCGCACAGGUUGAGGGUGAGUAUGGCCGUCUGUCAGAUGAAGUAAAGAUAUAUGGCGGUAGCAGCGAGGGGGUUUACACGGUAGAAGAAUUACAGCGCAAGCAGACAAAUAUAAACGAAAGAUUACGAGUUUUAAGGAAGGAAGUGGGCAGGCUGCAAGAAGAAAAGGAGAGGAAAGCAACUGAGUUCAAUAAUCUUGUGGCCCUUGUGAGGGAAAAGACUUUCAAAGUCACUGAAAUGGAAAAACAGUUACAGGAGAAGCAACAGAUACAGAAGGACGCCGUCGGCAUUGAGCUAAGCAUAGGUAAUAUGGACGGUAUCUUACUGGAUGCUGAGACUGUUCUUGAAAGGUUAGCAGCGGAAGUAAGUACACUUAAAACCACAUUAGCCUCUAUUCGCAAUGAGCAAUCUGAAAAGGACUCACAAGAGGCAAGACAAUUGAAUGGAUUGAAGACCAAGUAUAUGCAAUUGAAAGGAGUCAUUGAUAGUAUGAAGGAAUUUGAUGAUGUCCAUUCGAAAAGACUCGUGGAUGUUACUGCAUUAUUGACUAGGAGUCAACAAGAUUCUGAAGAACUUACGAAAAGAAUCAACACUUUAGGGAAGCGCAUUGCGAAAGAGAAUCAGAAACUGAAAGAUUCUACCAAUGAGCAAAAGAAUAUGAAGUUAAAUUUGGAUUUGAUAGAUUUGAAAUCACAAAUGAAGGAGAUCUCAGAAGAACUGGUAAGGCUUGAUGCGCGUUCGGCGGAAGCGCAACGUGAUAAGUAUCAACAAGAAUCCAUGAAACUCAGAACGGAAUUUGAGAAACUGAGUUCGGAAAACGCUGGAAAGCUAGGCGAAAUUAAACAGCUACAAAAUCAGAUUGCAUUGCUCACAAACCAGUUGCAAUCUGAAUAUAGGGACGUUGAUGAUAGAUAUCAGCAAGAAUGGGCUAAACUACAGACCAAGACUUUAGUUACCGAUGACAUCGACACGUACUCCAAGGUUCUUGACAGUGCCAUUAUGAAGUAUCACGGCCUUAAAAUGGAGGAUAUCAACAGGAUUAUUGAUGAAUUGUGGAAGCGAACCUACAGUGGAACAGAUGUUGAUAGCAUCAAAAUCAAAUCGGAUGAGGUAAACAGCACCACUCGAGGGAAAUCAUAUAACUACCGAGUCGUCAUGUAUAAGCAAGAUGCAGAGCUAGAUAUGAGAGGCCGCUGUUCUGCUGGGCAAAAGGUUCUAGCGUCAAUUAUCAUAAGGCUUGCUUUAUCUGAGACGUUUGGAACAAAUUGCGGUGUCAUUGCUCUUGAUGAACCAACGACCAACCUGGAUGAAGAAAAUAUUUCUAGCCUUGCCCGAUCGUUAAGUAAUAUUAUCAAAUUCCGCAGGCAUCAGAAGAACUUCCAAUUGAUAGUUAUCACGCAUGAUGAAAAAUUCCUGGAUCAUAUGAAUGCGGUGAACUUUACGGAUCAUUUUUGGAAAGUGAAGCGGGAUGAGAGACAAACUUCACAGAUUGAAAUGGUAGAUAUCGCAGUAGUUAGUUAG